AUGGCACACAGUCCAAACCAGCUCGCAGUGGACAAAUCUACGAACACAUUAUACUUCAGCUUCGAUUUCGGCCAAGGGGAGUACAUGCCAGCUGUCGUAAACAUCGAUCAUAAAAAAAUGACCGUAUUAAGAGGAGUCAAGGAUGCUUUUGCCGUGGCAUACGAUACGGAGUCCAAGGAGAUGUACUUCGGUGGUAGCCAUGGUAUUUACAGGUACCACCCAGGGCAGAAGCAGUUGAGAAGGCUGGCGAUGGAAAACCUGGAUAUUUGGUGGUUAUUUGUUAAGAAAAGGAUAUACUUCAUCAAAUUCCCGAGUCUGAAUGCUUAUUACUAUGAUAACAGAACCAUCAAGCAUGUCUCACAGCUGAGUGCGAAGAUGGUUCACCAGUUCGUGUUUGAUAAUGAUGAUAACGUGUUCUUCAUCAACACCACGGGGUUGUAUGGAAUCAAGAAGGAUAGUGAUGAGGCGGUGUUGCUCCGGGACUAUCCCAGGUUCCUUGGGAUGGCCAUGGAUAACAAAGGCCAGAUAUACGUGUGCAGUGACGACGCCAUAUUUGUGGUGAGCAAGAUGGUGCAGAAGGUGAAGCGAGUGGUGAACAUACAGGGUGUGCUAGGCCUGACUUUUGACAGAAACAACAACAUAAUCUACUCGGACUCGCAUGAAAUCGUGCGUCUUCUUCAAGUGUCAAAUGAUAAUUAUUACGAUACAUUAAAUAAUCUGUCUCUGAAAUAA